AUGAGAGUUUCGCCAAGGUUGUUGCAAAGGGCAGCUAAAAGUAUCGACAAAUAUGCACUGUACGUUCCGCAGAGUGGGGUGUUCCCGAAGGGCUUCAAAGUAGGUGCCAUCGCCUCUGGGGUGAAGAAGAACGGGGCCCUCGAUUUGGGGGUCAUUGUGAACACGAACAAGUCUCGUCUUUCUUCUGCAGCGGCCGUUUUCACAACAAACAAGUUCAAAGCGGCUCCCGUUCUUGCCUCGAAACAGGUGCUCGAGGCGGUCAGAGGAAAGGGCAUCAAUGCGAUCGUAGUCAACUCUGGCUGUGCCAAUUCUGUCACUGGUGAAUUGGGGAUGGCCGACGCAAACGAGAUGGUCAGCCUCGUCAACACGCAGAUGGGGGGUACACCGAACGCAACGCUGGUCAUGUCCACUGGGGUCAUCGGGCAACGGUUGCAGAUGGACAAGAUUACCAACGGUAUUAACAAACUGUUCAACGAAAACAGGUUUGGUGCUCAUUUUGAGGACUGGUUGAACAUCACAAAAUCGAUCUGUACCACGGACACUUUCCCUAAAUUGAUCAGUUCGAAGUUUAAGUUGCCCAACGGGCAGGAGUACACUUUGACUGGGAUGGCUAAAGGUGCCGGUAUGAUCUGCCCAAAUAUGGCCACCUUGCUUGGGUUCAUAGUUACGGACUUACCCAUCGCAAGCACCGCUUUGAACAAAAUGCUGCACCAUGCGACAAACCGUUCAUUUAACUGUAUCUCCGUGGACGGCGAUAUGAGUACUAACGAUACCAUCUGCAUGAUUGCCAAUGGUGCAAUUGAAACGCAAGAGGUCAAGGAGGAUAGUGAGGCGUUUGAACAGGUUCAGGAACAGAUCACACAAUUUGCACAGAGACUGGCCCAGUUGGUCGUCCGCGACGGUGAGGGGUCUACCAAGUUUGUCACAGUCAACGUCCAGAACUCGUUAACUUUCGACGAUGCCAAGAUCAUUGCCGAGUCGAUCUCAAACUCAAUGCUCGUUAAGACCGCUCUGUACGGACAAGACGCCAAUUGGGGGAGAAUCCUAUGUGCAAUCGGCUACGCCAAAUUAGAUAACUUGAAAUCUUUGGACGAGAGUAAGAUCAACGUUAGUUUCAUUGCUACCGAUGACUCGGAACCUCGUGAGCUGAAAUUGGUGGUCAACGGGGUUCCAAACUUGAACGUCGACGAGGAGAGAGCGUCGCAAAUCUUGGCGCUGAAUGACUUGGAGAUCAAAGUCGACUUGGGGACCGGUUCCGAGACAGCCCAAUUCUGGACUUGCGACUUGACACGCGAAUACGUUACCAUAAACGGAGAUUAUAGAUCAUGA